AUGUGUUACCAGCAGGCUAGCACAUAUGGGUUUUGUUUUUUUGUUGGUUUAUCGUGCGUAGUUUUCCUCAUCUUCGUAACGUACCAGGAUUUGAAACAUGGCCCUGAUACGGUGAAACCCUCUCUCAACAUAUCUUCCUUGACCUUCACAGAGUUGCACCUUGGUACGGGUAACUCUAAGAAAUUGGACGUCGUCUGGAACGCCAGCCUGAAUGUAUUUGCUAAGAGUCCUAAACCCUCGGCAAGUUUCCGUACAAACAGAGGAUCAUUUGCUGUCAUUAAAUACAAGGAUUUUAGUGUUUCAUGCGGAGAAUUAGUGGAGCAUGAAAAGGAAUUACGCAUGGGUGUUGGAAAUGUAGCAACACUGCAAUUUCAAAGUGAGCCUUGUGGUUUCUCGAAUCAAAUGGAGGAGGAAUUGGGGACUCAGUUAAGCAAUGAUUUAAAUCAAAAACAGGUGAGGCUUGGUUUAAAUUUGAAAUUUCGUUUUAGUUUUAAGAAUAGGGCGUGGAGCUGGGCCAACGUGCUUGUUACUUCAUUUUGUGAUAAUUUGCUCAUUCAAUCUGAUACAGCACAAGGUCAGUGGUUAUUCAAGGAAAACGGAUCUUCGGCUUGUAAAGUAAAUACGCCAGUUAUUAUCCAAUGA